CCUUUAUCGAGUCUCAUCCAGCGCUCGUUAUUGUCUUCGUUUCGCUUUCUCUACGAAAUCAAAAAAAGAAAGGAAAAGAAAACCACUGACACCCCAAACCUUGGAGCCCUAGCUUGAGCCAUGACCGACGUCGGCGGCGCCAGUGUUGUCCGGCCUAACGCGCGUCGCGUGACCGCGCCUGAGGAUCUGCUUGAGUUCGAGACGUCGCGGGAGGUGCAGGUGGUCACCAGCUUCGAUCAGAUGGGCAUCAAGGACGACCUGCUCCGCGGCAUCUACAAUUACGGCUUCGAGAAGCCCUCGGCCAUCCAGCAGCGGGCCGUGGUGCCCAUACUCAUCGGUCGAGACGUCAUCGCCCAGGCCCAGUCCGGUACGGGCAAGACCUCCAUGAUCGCCCUAGCCGUUUGUCAGAAGGUUGAAACUACCACCAGAGAGGUCCAGGCCUUGAUCUUGUCACCAACAAGGGAAUUGGCUGCUCAGACAGAGAAGGUUAUAUUGGCAAUCGGUAAUUACAUAAAUAUUCAAGCACAUGCAUGCAUUGGAGGCAAGAGUGUGGGUGAAGAUAUCAGAAAACUAGAACAUGGAGUUCAUGUGGUAUCUGGAACUCCAGGUAGAGUCUGUGACAUGAUUAAGAGGAGAACACUGCGAACUAGAAAUAUCAAAUUGUUAGUUCUUGAUGAAUCUGAUGAGAUGUUAAGCAGAGGGUUCAAGGAUCAGAUUUAUGAUCUGUAUAGAUAUCUCCCACCAGAGCUUCAGGUUGUCUUGAUUUCUGCUACCCUUCCUCAUGAAAUUUUGGAGAUGACAAACAAGUUUAUGACAGAUCCUAUUCGCAUACUUGUGAAACGUGAUGAAUUGACUCUGGAGGGCAUCAAGCAAUUUUUCGUUGCAGUUGAAAGGGAAGAUUGGAAGUUUGAUACUCUCUGUGAUCUUUAUGACACUCUUACAAUCACCCAAGCUGUUAUAUUCUGCAACACUAAGCGAAAGGUGGAUUGGCUAACUGAAAAGAUGCGUAGCAAUAACUUCACUGUUUCAUCAAUGCAUGGAGACAUGCCUCAAAAGGAAAGAGAUGCAAUUAUGGCAGAAUUUCGGGCUGGUCAAACCCGUGUCUUAAUAACAACAGAUGUUUGGGCUCGAGGGCUUGAUGUUCAACAGGUUUCCUUGGUGAUCAAUUAUGACCUUCCAAACAAUCGUGAGCUAUACAUUCAUCGCAUUGGUCGUUCUGGUCGUUUUGGAAGAAAGGGUGUUGCAAUAAACUUUGUCAAAAGCGAUGAUAUUAAAAUUCUAAGAGACAUAGAGCAGUAUUACAGUACUCAAAUCGAUGAAAUGCCAAUGAAUGUUGCUGAUCUGAUAUAAGACUUGCCGGACAUCUUGUGUGUGGUGCAUAAGAGUUGUGGUUUGACACAAUUUUCUUUGCGAUGGUUUGUACACAAUGGGAGGUUGAGACUGACAGACAACAUUCUCUAGGUGGUUCUGUGGAAAGAUACAUAAAUUAGGGUUGCAUUCUUUCCGAUAAGAUUAUGUGAUUGACAUUUUCUGCAGUAGUGCCCGGAUUGUAUGUGUUUCUUUUGAUGGCAAUGGAUAUUUUGGACUC